GGUCGUGCAGUGGCAUUGCUGCUUGACAUUUUGGAAAAAGGUUACUUCAGCCAUGGACCGCUACCACAUGUUGAAAACGUGUUCCAGCUGCUAAUGUCCAGUGAAGAUGCGGAAGGUUGAGGCAGGUAGCUCCGUCAGUCUAGCAGUGUCAGCAGGGCCCAUGAGCUGUCGUCACAGUGCUAACUGUUACAGAGUGAGAUUUUAACGUUACCUUACAGAGUGCUAUGUUAGCCGUCAGGAGCUAACCAGGGUAAUUACCGUUAAACAUGAGUUCAGCUCCAAACCACCGUACCGUCAACAUGACAGACAGCAAAGCAGUUUCUGCUGUCUCAUUAGCUGGACGUGUCCAGCAGAUGUUCACCCAUGUGAAGAUAGAAAACCUUAUAGCAGGACUCAGUGGAGGAGUGGUGUCAACUCUGGUGCUGCACCCACUGGACCUGGUCAAAAUCAGGUUUGCAGUGAGUGAUGGGUUGGAGUUAAGACCUAAGUACAGUGGCAUAUUGCACUGUAUGAAGAGUGUGUGGCAGCAGGAGGGACUCAGAGGACUCUACCAAGGAGUGACACCCAAUAUCUGGGGUGCUGGAGCAUCUUGGGGCCUCUACUUCUUUUUCUACAAUGCAAUCAAAGGGUACACAAAGGAUGGCCGUGAAACUGAACUGAGUGCCACAGAGCAUCUGGUAUCUGCAGCCGAAGCAGGCAUCCUGACACUCACACUUACCAACCCAAUCUGGGUGACCAAGACCCGGCUGGUGCUUCAGUACAAUGCUGACCGAACCAGUAAACAGUACAAGGGGAUGGUGGAUGCUCUGGUCAAGAUCUACCGCCACGAGGGAAUGGCAGGACUAUACAAGGGUUAUGUUCCUGGUCUGUUUGGCACAUCUCACGGGGCGCUGCAGUUCAUGGCCUAUGAAGAGCUCAAGAGAGACUACAACAAAUACAAGAAAGUGCCUUCAGAUGCCAAGCUGAGUGCAUUGGAAUAUAUCACAAUGGCCGCAUUAUCCAAAAUAUUUGCUGUGGCCACGACAUACCCAUAUCAGGUGGUGCGAGCUCGCCUGCAAGACCAGCACAAUAGAUACAAUGGAGUUAUUGAUGUCAUCAGACGGACAUGGAGGAACGAAGGCGCCAAGGGUUUCUACAAAGGCAUCAUCCCCAACGUAAUUCGUGUCACUCCUGCCUGUUGCAUCACCUUUGUAGUUUAUGAGAAUGUGUCUCGCUACCUUAUGGGACAAAAUAAAUGAGGCUUGGACAGCUGCAAAGACUCUGAGCUCACACUGACACUUGGGUGCCAUUCAGAGAUACAGAGAGAAACACGUCAGACUGGAGCCGAACUCUGUGCGCAGUGUACAUGUGAAUGUGGCGAUGUGAGAAGCAUUCAUCUGCACUGACAAUGACUGAAAAUGUUGCCAAAUGGAGCAGUGAAACCAACGGUGGAUUUCCAGACACAUGACAAACACUUUGACUUCUAGAGAACAGCAUGUUGCUCGUCAUGACAGAGAACAAGCUGACGUUCUGUUAGUUUUUUUUUUGUUUUUGUUUUUUUAAUGAUGCAUAAGUCGGCAUUUUUAUCAGAGUUUUGAUAAAUAUUUCAUCAUAAUUCUGUUUACAUUUUAUGUUCUUUGGUGUCAGAGAAGGGCACAGGAUGAAAUAUGAAAAGCUGAUUAUUAACAACAAAUUCGAGAUCUUCUCAGGGUUCAGUUGCAUGUGUAUGUAAUAUUAGGCUCUGUCUACAUGUAUGCAGAUAUUUAUAUAAAUGGAUGUUUUCCUCUAAGUUUUGGCUUCUCGUCCACAUGCAGUUUUAGGUCACUAAAACUAGGUCACAGAGACUUUUUGAAAUGACUUCUAAGGUGCAGAUUUUUCAAAACAAUGGCGGACUACCAGUUUGGUAAAGUUUUGUUAGCACUGCUUGGUCUAAGGAUUACUUGAUAUAUACACUUAGCAUUGCUGCACUACUUCACGGAUGAACAGAGGCAUCUGCUGCACCCAGUGUUUUUGCUCCACCUCAGAGUCCACAGUUCAAAGUCCACCAUAAACAACGGUUUUGAAUCAGACCUGAUCGAACCAGCAGAUGGUGGGACACUUUCCAAAGUGGGAUGGUUGUCUAUGAGCUUUAGAAGGAAAACAUUUGCAUGUACAGAGCAUCACUUGUAUAUUGGAGUGAGCGCCUCCAUCCUUUAAUUGAAUAGCAAUCAACGGUGAUGAGAUCUUUAGCAGGAGUUUUAAAAAACAUGAUGUUGUCCUGUACACUUUACUACUUUUGUGAGGAGGAAGGCAGCUAACGCCGAGGAGCGUUAGGGGUGGUUUUUGCAUUUUAGUGUGGACAGAGAUAUUUUGUAAAAGGAAGGUCAUGUGGACAGAUUUAUUUUUUAAAACGGAGGGGGAAAAUUUCCUUUUUCAAAAAUAUCUAUACGAGUAGACGGGGCCUCAGUUUGUCUCUUAAAUUAUUAUUUUUUAUGUAAACAGGUUGCAGCAAUGGGCAUGAUUUUUGUUCUUAACACACCAAUACAGUACAUUUAUUCCACAUUUAAUUUGUUUGCUGGCAACAAAUUGUAACAUUGCUUUAUCAACAUUUUGUUACAAAAUCCAAACUGUGAUUCAUCUGCAUUGUCAUGUUUGAUAAAAAUACAUUAAAUGUAUUACUUUGUGGCUACAUUAA